AUCGAGUCCGAGUCUACACCAGGGACAGGGGCACGGCCAACUGCUCCACAAAUCUUUCGAACGCCACAAAAGCCUAAAUCACGCGGCCUUGGCGGGAUUGCGUUGGCGUCGCCAGGCAUAACGUUACCUGUUGUUUGGGCGAAGGCGACAGAAUUCACUGGCCUUUAUCCACUUCAUCCCUCUGCAUCGUUGCCUUGACAUCUCCGACCUCCUUCCCUCGAAUUGACGCCUGCGCCUCUAAGCCUCCCAACACUUGGAACGAGAUUGACCGAAGCGCGCCAGGAGAAAGAGAGAGGCCAUCAGGAGAGAUAGCCAGCGAUGGCGCAAACCAACCCCAACGCGAUCAACGUCAACGACCCCGGCCUGAUCACGCUGGUCAACAAGCUGCAAGAUGUCUUUACAACGGUUGGGGUCCAAAAUCCCAUCGAUCUACCCCAAAUAGUCGUCGUCGGCUCGCAGUCAAGCGGAAAGAGCUCGGUGUUGGAGAAUAUCGUGGGGCGAGACUUUCUACCGCGAGGCACAGGUAUCGUGACAAGAAGACCGCUCGUGCUACAACUCAUCAACCGCGCCCCGGUGGCUAAGCCGCAGGCCAACGGCGUGGCCGAAGGCGAUAACAAGCUGCAAACCAGCGAUGCCGCCUCCAACACCGACGAGUGGGGCGAGUUCCUGCACGUCCCGGGACAAAAGUACUUUGACUUCAACAAGAUCCGCGAUGAGAUUGUUAAAGAGACGGAGAGCAAGACGGGUCGGAAUGCGGGCAUCAGUCCCGCGCCCAUCAACUUGCGCAUCUAUUCCCCGAAUGUCCUCACGCUCACUCUUGUCGAUUUGCCGGGCUUGACAAAGGUCCCUGUGGGCGAUCAACCGCGGGAUAUUGAGAAGCAGAUUCGCGAAAUGGUCCUCAAGCAAAUCUCCAAACCAAAUGCCAUCAUUCUCGCCGUCACUGCAGCCAACACCGAUUUGGCCAACUCGGACGGUCUGAAGCUGGCUCGUGAGGUUGAUCCUGAAGGACAGCGGACAAUUGGUGUCUUGACAAAGGUGGAUUUGAUGGACGAGGGAACGGAUGUUGUCGAUAUUCUCGCUGGCCGCAUCAUUCCUCUCCGCCUGGGCUACGUGCCUGUAGUGAAUCGCGGACAGCGUGAUAUCGAGACGAAGAAGGCCAUCUCAGCAGCACUGGAAAAUGAACGGGUCUUUUUCGAGAACCACAAGGCAUACCGAAACAAGGCGUCCUACUGCGGCACACCAUACCUGGCGCGGAAAUUAAACCUCAUCUUGAUGAUGCACAUCAAGCAGACACUCCCGGACAUCAAAUCGCGCAUAGCUGCCAGCCUUCAAAAAUACAAGGCCGAGCUGGACUCGCUCGGUGAUAGUAUGCUGGGCAGCCCGGCGAACGUGGUUCUCAACAUCAUUACCGAGUUCAGCAACGAAUACCGCACCGUGCUGGAUGGCCACAACAGCGAGCUCUCCUCGACCGAACUGAGCGGUGGUGCGCGUAUCUCCUUUGUCUACCACGAGCUAUACAGCAACGGCGUUAAGGCCGUGGACCCCUUUGACCAGGUCAAGGACAUCGACAUUCGAACCAUCCUCUACAACUCCUCUGGAUCCUCACCAGCCCUGUUUGUCGGCACAUUGGCUUUCGAGCUCAUCGUCAAACAACAGAUUAAACGACUCGAGGAGCCGAGUCUGAAGUGCGCGCAGCUAGUAUACGACGAACUGGUCCGCAUCUUGGGCCAGCUGCUCAACAAGCCCCUCUUCCGCCGCUACCCGCAGCUCAAGGAGAGAUUCCACGCCGUUGUCAUCGCGUUCUUCAAGAAAGCCAUGGACCCCACGAACAAGCUCGUGCGGGAUUUGGUUGCCAUGGAGUCUUGCUACGUCAAUACCGGCCAUCCCGACUUCCUCAAUGGGCAUCGCGCAAUGGCGAUCGUGAACGAGAAACACAUGGCCAGCAAGCCGGUGCAGGUGGAUCCCAAGACCGGCAAGCCGUUGCCCCCAAGCGCUGUGCCGCCACGCUCCGCAUCCCCUAGUCUGGACGUGAACGGGAUGAAUGGCGACGGCUCGGGCUUCUUCGGCUCCUUCUUCGCCAGCAAGAACAAGAAGAAGAUGGCGGCCAUGGAGGCGCCGCCGCCCACGCUCAAGGCGAGCGGUACGCUGAGCGAGAAGGAGACGCAGGAGGUCGAUGUUAUCAAAUUGCUCAUCACGAGUUACUAUAACAUUGUGCGAAGGACGAUGAUCGAUAUGGUUCCCAAGGCAAUCAUGUUGAACCUUGUCGAGCACUCGAAAGAGGACAUGCAGCGCGAACUGCUGGAGCAAAUGUACCGCCAGACGGAGCUCGACGAUCUACUCAAGGAGUCGGACUACACCGUGCGGAGGCGGAAGGAGUGUCACCAGAUGGUGGAGAGUCUGUCGCGGGCGCAGGAGAUUGUUAGCCAGGUGCAAUGAGGGAUGAAGUGCUCUUGAAGAUUCUUCCUCAUAUCCCGAGCUUGGAACGAUGCCCUAUGUUGCUUGGUGAUGAACGAGUCGCACGGCAGAUGCAGCAAGGCAAAGGAUAGACGUUGGGAUGUUGUUGACGUGCGCAUCUCGCGGCGUUUUCGAGGGAUGGACGGACCAGAGACGACAGACCAUUGAUCGAGUUUGCUAUAUCCCCAUCAAUGACCCUAAAG